AUGAGCGAAGGAGUAGCUCUUGCGCAUCUCGAGGAUGCUAUCAGAACCAGACUCGACGCGGUCCACGUCGAGGUCGUUGACAUGUCAGGUGGUUGCGGCCAAGCUUUCGAGGUGAUCAUCGUCUCGCCGAUUUUCUCGGGCAAGAACAGAUUGAUGCGUCAUCGUCUCGUCAACUCUGCCCUGCGAGACGAGAUCGCGCAGAUCCAUGCAUUCACCCAGAAGGAUUUCACGCCUGAAGAGUGGGCUAAAGCGCAGGCGUCGAGUUAA